GGUCGGCCGGGCGAGCGCCGCUGCCGCCCUUGGGCAGCGCGGGGACAUGAUUGGGAAUGGCGGGAACAAGGCCCUGGAGCUGCUGCGGUCGCUGCCCAGGGUCAGCCUGGCCAACCUGAGGCCCAGCCCAGGCUCCAAAAAGCCGGAGAGAAGACGUGGCCGUGGAAGAUACGGAGGUAGGAAGUGUGGUCGAGGACACAAAGGAGAAAGACAAAGAGGAAAUCGCCCCCGAUUAGGCUUUGAGGGUGGUCAAACUCCAUUUUACUUAGCCAUACCAAAAUAUGGAUUUAAUGAGGGACAUAGCCGCAGACGUCAGUACCAACCGCUCAGCCUUCAGAGGCUGCAGUACCUGAUUGAUUUGGGUAGAGUCGACCCUACACAACCCAUUGACUUAACACAGCUCACUAAUGCCCGAGGUGUAACAGUGCAACCUCUCAAAAGGGACUACGGUGUCCAGCUGGUGGAGGAGGGUGCUGAUAUAUUUUCAGCAAAAGUAAAUAUUGAAGUGCAGAGGGCAUCUGAAUUAGCAAUUGCAGCCAUAGAAAAAAAUGGAGGUGUUGUAACAACAUCAUUCUAUGAUCCAAGGAGUUUGGAAAUUUUGUGCAAGCCAGUAGUAUUUUUUCUGCGUGGCCAGCCUAUUCCGAAGCGAAUGCUUCCACCCGAAGACCUCGUCCGUUACUACACAGAUGCCAGGAACCGUGGGUAUCUGGCAGACCCAGCUAAGGUUGCAGAAGCCAGGCUUGAACUUGCCAAGAAAUACGGUUAUGUCUUACCAGACAUAACUAAGGAUGAACUCUUCAAAAUGUUAAGUGCGCGCAAGGAUCCUAGACAGAUAUUUUUUGGUCUCGCUCCAGGAUGGAUCGUAAACAUGGCAGACAAGAAGAUUCUAAAACCAACCGAUGAGAGGCUGUUAAAGUACUAUAGCUCAUGAAUUCAGGACUGGAGACAACUGCAGGUGUACAGGAAACAUCUGGGUAUGAAAUAAUGGAUACAAAGUGGUGUUUGGCUUUUUUAAGACUUCUGUUAUACUAGACAAAACAUAUAUUAUUUUUUUUUUAUGUAAUCUUCUGGUUUAGCUCUCAAGUUUUUGUUGUCAUAAUACAGUUUCUGAAAAGGCUUAACAUUUGGAAGCAGUGUAGAGUCUGACAUAAACUGUGCUUGGGCACUUUCUCCUGCUAUGAUUUGAAGGUUAUUUUUUUUAGACAAAACGUUUUGAUCUUGCGUUUAUUUCUGAGGAUGAUUCCAAAGAGUAACUUGACCUUAUGAUUAGUGUAUUUUUUUCCUCCUCAAUUUAAAAUCAGGAAUAUGGCUGCACAAAACUAAUACUAGUUUUACAAUCAUACUACAUAGCAUUAUAUUUUAUGUUUUACAAAAUGGUACCUUGAAUACCUCUAAGUUUAGGGUUGGGUGUUUGGGAUGAUGAACAAUGCAGUAAAUUGAAAGACGAGAGAGGAGAUUAACUUAAUCUAUCAGAACUUGAUCUGACUCCUCAGAAGUAAUGACGUGCUUCAGAAUUACAUGAACUUUAGUGGAAGCUGAAUUUGGCUUGAAAUUAAGGAUAAUUUGGUUAUUAGCAUGCAGGAAACUGUCAGGAAAACCAGAACACGAGUUAGGUCUUGCUUUCCAAUUUUCAUGUGCCUUCGGAGGUGCUACUUAGUUUCCUGUAGCUGCCAGACCAUCCCAUGACCAAGGAGAAGCCCUCUGAAUGUAUAACCUUAUAAUCUAUAACCUAACCUAUAACCUGUAAUCCCUGUAUUUCAUUUGUACACCUCAAGGGGAAAAAAGAAUAAUAAAAAAUUAAAGAAUAUCUUCUGUUUCUUUCAAAGAACACCAAGAAGCGGUUGAAUUUUUUUUGUUGGUGUUUGUCAAAUCAGCCCAGAUUUUUGCUUCACUCAACAAAAUACUUUGUCAAUUAAUCUGAGCAUCUGUAAUUAACAAAACAAAAUAAAACUAGUCUUCUAUUCUCAUGCUGAUUAAAUAAUCUGAAAUCCAAAGAUUAACAGUGGAAAGUCACUAAUUUUUGAUGAUUUACUACUCUUCAGCUUCUAUUGUCUGUUGCUGAAGUAUUUUAGAUGCUAUCAGUAAUGGUCAUUCUUCUGACCUGUAGUUCAGUAUAGGUGAAACAUAGCAAAACAACACCAAUAUAUAAUUGGAUUGUGAAUAGCAGGAAUUUGGUUUUAGUGGUGUUAACAAUCAUAUUUUAUAAGGUGCACAACACUUUUUUGGCACAUUAAGGAUAACACUGUGUGCCAAAAAAAGUAUAGCUAGUGUGAACUUGAAUGUGAAGUAAAUAACUUUCUCACUUUAGAUAUAUCCUGUUCUGCAUCCUGAUGAUUGUUGGUUUGGAAACUUAAAUGACAAGCAAUACUUUUUUUUAUGUUUGUUUUUUUUUUUUUUUCUUCUUCUUCUUUUUGUUAUUACAAUACUACUGCCUCCAUUUGGGAAGGAGUGUGGGGGGGGAAGAGUAUUUAUUGCCUUCCCUUAUUUGUACCAUAAUGUUUCUGUUUUUAUGAAUCAAUUCACAAUUGUAUUUUGUGGAGGUGGUGGUACUCAACAGGAAAGCUACUUAACUGGAAGUGAAGAAGGAAGUUAGUCAUAUUAGUGAAGACCAGAAGACAAAAGUGUUUAUGUAUCAUUGUGUAUUUUGGGGAGGAUAAGAGGGGGGGAAGGCAACUUUGUUUCCACUCCUGCUCUUUGUAUUAAAAUGAACAAAUUGCUCUCAGCAAUUUUAAUAUUUUUUUUUCUAAUUCGACUUCUUUGAUACACGCACGUGUGCACGGGCUGCUUUCUGUAGGUUUCUAAAUGGUUUUCAGGUGAAAGGGCAACUUGGAUAAAAUGAUAACAGUGAAAGAAAGAAUGAAAACAGGAAACAGAUGUCUGGUGACGUCGAGGGAUUGGAUAGCACUUAUUCAGUGAACGACGUCUUAGUCACAAGGCAGCUGUAUCCUGGCUCUGAUACUAUAACUCUACAAAUACCUUGGAGCCAAAACAGCCACGUUCCACAAAAUCCGGUCAUUCUACUUUAUAAAGGUGAUCUUUUAUCAUCUUAUAAUUGGAGAGGGCAAAAGGGGCUGUAUGUUCCUUUAUUUAAAAUAUGCAAUGCUUGUCUUUUUUUCUCUCUUCUAUUUACAGUAGCUAGUAUUUUAUAAUGGUUGUUCUGCUUUUUAUUUACUAGUGAAAAAAGCGGCAAGGCUAUAGAGGAUUUCCUGUUCAUUUUAUCUCGUCAGGAACACAAAUCUGGCAACUGAAUACAGAAUUAUCAAAAGCAAAAGUAAGGUAUUGACAAGGUUUCUAAUAAACCCGUGAUAAACAAC